AAUAUAAAACUAUGAAUUUUGUUUAUCUAAUCUUGUGAUGAAAACUUGAAUAGAAUAAAAACAUUGUCUAAUGUCUAGAUAUGUAUCUAUAAUCCUUGAGUUUGUAUCAUUGUCAUUGAUAAGUGAAAGGAGAAUCAUAAUUCUUAGAACUAGUUGAUAAUAUGAAAAUAAAGAACGAUCGUCCGUGUGAUUAUAUACUAUCUUAUAUACAAAUUGCAAAACUGACAGUUCAUAUCAGUAGUGUACUAUAUUUAAAAGAAAAACCGAACGACGUAGAUUCUUUUACUUAAACAGUUUCAUUAAUUUUUACGAUUUAUACGACUUGCGGUUAGUGCAGGCUUAUUGCGACAGACUUGUUCACGUGCAAAUAUGCAACUUAAACUAGAAUUGAUUGCCGCAGCAUGCGAAAAUAUGGGCAUUGGAAACAACGGUGCUUUACCUUGGCGUUUAAAGACCGAAAUGGAAUACUUUACUCGUAUGACAAUUGACACAAAGGACAAAAAUAAAAAGAAUGUCGUACUUAUGGGACGACGCACAUGGGAUAGCAUACCUAUAAAAUACCGACCUCUGAACGAUCGCAUAAAUAUGGUGUUAACAUCACAAUCACUAGAUUAUGGUGAUAAGGCAAUAGUAUGUAAAAGUAUACCACAUGCUCUUGAAGUGAUUGCAGGAAUGCAGAACCAAAUUGAAAGAGUGUGGAUAAUAGGAGGAAGUAGUGUGUACAAGGAUGCCAUGGAAUCUCCACAUUUUGGACGAUUAUAUCUGACACGUAUAAAGAAGGAAUUUGAAUGCGAUACGUUCUUCCCACCUAUUCCGAAUGAUUUUGUAUUAGUAACGGACCCAGCGGUACCGCAGGAUGUACAAGAAGAAAAAGGAAUUAAAUUUGUAUACGAAGUAUAUGAAAAACGAUAAAUAAUAACUAAUAAUAAUAAAGUAAAUAAUAGUAGCUACUUAAUAGCUACUACCUUAUUUGUUAUAAAUUCAGUUUAUAAAGACUCUAUUUUUAUAAAACAUUCCUCUUGCUACAUAUCUAUAACAGAAAAUGAGAAAAAAUAAAUGCUGACAUUGUCAUA